GGCGUCGCCAAACAAAAACACGUAUACACGGAGCGGGCGCGCCUCGAUUGGCUGGCGGAGCGCCGGCGGCCGCCCCCAGCGCGCGCCCGCCCGGAGCCCGGCCUCGGCCGCACUCCACGCCGCGCGCUCCACUCGCUAACAUGUGCAGCGGAGCCGAGGGUGGCUCCUGGCCGCUCGGCAAAGAAGCGCCCGCCGUUACCGCCGCCGCGAUAGACCACUACCGCAUACAACUUUACAACUACGCCGUCGCCGAAAGACUUCGCCUAUACCCACCGACCGUCGCACCAUGCUACGCGCCCUACGGACCGCGACUCGCCUUAUCCAUGUCCCUGCUCCAACAGCGCGUCCUGCAACCGGAAGAACCCAAGCCGCAGCACAGUUACAUCGGACUCAUCGCCAUGGCCAUCCUGAGCUCCCCGGAACGGAAACUAGUGCUAUCUGAUAUUUACCAGCACAUCCUCGACAACUAUCCGUACUUCAGGAGCCGCGGGCCCGGUUGGCGCAACUCGAUCCGACACAAUCUGUCGCUGAACGACUGCUUCGUGAAGGCUGGAAGAUCUGCCAAUGGAAAAGGCCACUACUGGGCGAUACACCCGGCCAAUAUAGAAGAUUUUAGAAAAGGAGAUUUCAGGAGACGUAAAGCUCAAAGGAAAGUGAGGAAACACAUGGGAUUGGCCGUGGACGACGAUGGGGAGGAUUCUCCUUCGCCACCGCCGCAGUCUCCGCCGCCGACGACGUUGCCGCUGCCGUUCUGGGGAACGGGGCGACUCCCCGGCGGCGGACAAGCACGAAAGAGACAGUUCGACGUCGCAUCUUUAUUAGCGCCGGACGACGCGCCAGAGAAACGGCAACGGCGGGAGAGCAGCGGAGAAGAGGAGCACGAAGAGGACAUAGAUGUGGUAGCGAGCGACCAGGAGGAGCGCGGGGAGGAGGAGGUGCGGGUGCCGUUAGCGCCGGCCGCGCAGUACCCGCUGCUGGGCAGCUGGUGGCCGGCGCUGGACCCAGCGCUGCUGCAGCAGCUCCGCCGACACCCGCCCGCGCCCGCGCCGCCUUCUCUCAGCCCCACCGACACACAGCGCCCGCCGGAUACCUAGACUGUGGUGCGUGAUGUUCAUUGUGAAUAGUACAGGAAUCCGAUGGAUAAGUAUCCGAUGUUUAGUGAAAUACUCAACUUGUUAUUACUUUCUGACUUUCUUUCUAUUUCUUGAUUCUAUUUUUUCCAUUCUAUGAAUCGCGUUGAUAUCUUGUAGUCACGCGCUGGCAGCGUUAUGCUGGAUUAUGCCUAUUUCUUUAUCAAUCUUAUCUUUUUCAUCUAUGGAUGUAUGAAAAUCUGUAAAAUAUUGUAAAUUGUAUGUAUAAAUGAUAUUACAUAAAUAACGUAGAAGUGAAGGCUAUUAGAAGUGAAGAUGUGAAAUAAGAUUACAAGUCUGAAAACGACCAAUCGCCUGUAGAUAUGUAGAACUAUUUGUAUAUAACGUAAAGGUGUCUACUCUUUGUUGUUAUUGGUCCCAUGUACACAUACUGUUGUUGAUUAACUAGAAACCGUAAUGGAUAACAUAGUUAAAAUUAU